AUGGACAAAGUGGUCUUCAGCCUCCUGCUUCUGGGAACCACAGUUACGAUGGUCCAUGCAUGUCCCAAAUACUGUGUCUGCCAGAACCUCUCAGAGUCUCUGGGGACUUUGUGCCCCUCCAAAGGCCUGCUGUUUGUCCCACCAGACAUUGACCGGAGAACUGUGGAGCUACGUCUGGGUGGCAACUUCAUCCUUAAGAUCUCCACUCAGGACUUUGCCAACAUGUCAAGCCUCGUAGAUCUCACCUUGUCUCGCAACACCAUCGGCGCCAUUCAGCCUUUCUCCUUCAUUGACCUGGAGACCUUGAGAUCGCUGCAUCUGGACAGUAAUAGGCUAACUGAGCUGGGACCUGAUGACCUUCGAGGACUGAUCAACCUGCAACAUCUGAUCCUCAACAACAACCAGUUGGGUCGAAUUAACAAAGUAGCCUUUGAUGACUUGUUACUGACGUUGGAAGAUCUGGAUUUGUCAUAUAACAACUUGCGCAGUGUGCCUUGGGAGGCCAUCCGCAAGAUGGUCAACCUUCACCAGAUGAGUUUGGAUCAUAACCUUAUCUCCUUUAUUGCCGAGGGGACUUUUACAGAUUUGGAAAAACUAGCUCGCUUGGAUCUCACCUCCAACCGACUCCAGAAACUCCCUCCAGAUCCCAUUUUUGGACGCUCUCAGAGUAACAUAGUGGCAAGUACUCCUUUUGCUCCUGCACUUUCUCUCAGCUUUGGCGGAAACCCGUUGCACUGCAACUGUGAGGUGCUUUGGCUGCGAAGGCUGGAGCGUGAGGAUGAUAUGGAAACUUGUGCUUCUCCUGCUAGUCUAAAGGGCCGCUACUUUUGGUCUGUUCGUGAGGAGGAGUUUGUUUGUGAGCCCCCUCUGAUCACUCAACAUACACACAAGUUACUAGUGCUGGAAGGCCAAACAGCUAGCCUGCGCUGCAAAGCAGUUGGUGAUCCAAUGCCAAUGGUGCAUUGGGUUGCUCCUGAUGACCGUUUGAUCAGCAACUCCUCUAGAGCAACGGUGUAUGAGAAUGGAACCCUGGACAUCACAAUCACCACGUCCAAGGAUUACGGGACCUUUACUUGCAUUGCUGCCAAUGCUGCUGGGGAAUCUACAGCAUCCAUAGAGCUCUCAAUCAUUCAGCUCCCCCAUCUGGGUAAUGGUACAAACCGUACCACACAGUCUAAAUCAGGGCUUUCAGACAUAACUAGCUCUACCAAGAUCAGCAAAGGCGAGCCAAAACCUCUGCCAGAGAAGGUGGUGUCUGUAUCAGAGGUGACUGCCGUCUCUGCUUUGGUUAAGUGGACUGUUGUGAAGUCAACUCCAAAGGUGAAAAUGUUUCAGCUUCAGUACAACUGCUCUGAAGAUGAGGUCCUCAUUUACAGGUAAGAAUGAUUAAUGAACCUCAAUUACACCCGAGUAAAAGCCUGGACCUUUCUGGUCAUAAUGUUAAAUGAAGUCUGAGGUGUGAUCUCAAGCCCCAGAAUUUUCUCUGCUUGGCUUCUUGAGUCGAUUGCUAAUUGUUUGCAGGGUGAGUACUUGAAACGCUCGAUUUUCUCUGAAGUGUUACCAAGACAGAGAUCAACAUUCAUUUUUCUUAAUCCUUCUUGAGGUUUUUCUUUCCCCUAGAAAGAUAAUUGUGUUCGCUAAAAGAAUGAACAGUGAGUGCAUUUUUUUUUUUUUUUUUUUUUUAGAAAAGUGAAACUCAAUAUGAAAUCCUUGCCCUGAAACAUUAAUUAGGAAUCCAAGAAGAAAAAGGAUUAUAGACUGUCAUUUAUAUGUAUUCUUCCUAAGCUGCUCAAGUCCAAAGCCUGGAGACGACAGCAUGGGGAUCUUUGGCUCGGUGAAAUCAAUUUCCUAUGUCAUAUGAGACAGAAGUGACAGUCAAACCAGAUAUUUGCACAGGAAAUAUAAAAGAGAAACCUUAUUGUUCAGGUCUGAGUCAAUAUUAGGGGGGGGGGGGGGGGGGGUCAAAAAAAGACCACUAGGAACUAGGAAAUCUAGGACUAGGAAUCUUCUGAGAGCAAUAGACUUUAUCUGACAGAUUUUCAGAUAUUUACCAUUAACAUUAGAUUAUCUAUCUUUCAAAUUAGACAUUUCCUUUGGGCCAUAUGUUCGGAACACUCACAUAUGUAAGGACAUUAAAUAAAAGUUCAACUAGGUGGCACCACUCAGGCUUCAUACCACUACAGGGUUGUCCUGACAUCAUUACGUCACACUUUCUUUGUCCCUUUGAAUUAUUAAACAAUUGUUUGCCAUGCAUACUAGUUGCUUUUUGCAUUUUUUGGGGAGCCAGUUGACUAAGCUCAGCCAGUUCACCAACACAACGAGUCAUGAGUUAACCUGAAUUGGACACCUCUCACAGAGAAACAGAAGCUUACAAGGUUGAGAGUCAUUAGCUUGACCAACUGGAACCUCAACUUUGGCUUGACUAACUGUGUACCUUUACAUACAGCUGUUGGAAUUCAUUAAACUUAGAAGAGUUAUGCAGCACUGUUUGGCAGACUGUGAGAGCCCUUCUUAUUAAUCCCCUGACCAUGAGGGGAUCACAAGUUUGUAAAAUUCUGUAGUUUUGACAGCAUUGUCCAAUAUUUGACAAAUAGACACAAGUGCCCAAAUGUCUAUUCAAACACUUGGAUACUUGAAACACGUGAAAAACACUUGCUGCUCCAGCUGAACCAAUAGCACUCUCUGUUGGUAGGUGAGCUGGCUCAGAUCAACUGGUGUCUCGGAACCAAAGACUGUAUAAAGAAUUGACAGAGUCUGCCUCCUCUCAGGGUGAAGCCACUCCGAGAACAGCACCCUCUGUUGAUGGGCUGCAGUAUAGGUCCUAAAUCCCACCUCCGCAAGCAAAGGUUAUGGAGGUGUGGACAAACUUUACAAAUUUAUUACACAGAACAUACAUUUUUCUCCCCCCUGCUUGUGAUGUUGACAUGUAGUUAUUGUAAGACUGGUUUGUGCUCAAGUCCUCUUUAUUCUGUGAAGCUCCAUUUUUAAAAGUUAUUAGGGGGUUCAUGUUUUCUAUGAUUGACACCUGAUACAGCCUAUGGGCGGUCAGGGAUUGCGUAGUUCACCCGGGGGAUACGCUGUUUGAGCCGAGCGCCAUCACAGCAACUCACGGCGACUGCGCAGCCGAAUGCGCGCAUCGCUAUUGCGCAGCGCUGGUUUCAGGAAAUGAAGAAAAAUCCCGGAAAUAUCGAAAGCUAUUUGGCUUCAAAUCCAUAUACAAGCGGUAGGCGGAACCAAGUUGUCCAUGGUAUAUACAGUCUAUGCUCGGAACUGGCUUCUUACAAUGUUUUGUCUAAUGUGUUGUUAAAAUGGUCUUAUUCGGCAUAAAUUGAACAAUAGAUUGUUUUAACAUUGAAAUCAGAAUAAAGAGAACAAGCUACAAGUGUUAAAAUACCCUAGAACACAAAUCCAUCAAUAGAAAAUACUAGGGGUGUAAUGAUUCAUCUACAACAUUGAUGUAUCAAUUUAUAUUUGUAUGAACCAACUACAUUGAUCCGUGCAAGUUGGCCUUUCGCACGACAUAUAUCAAUCUAACAUCGUUUUAAAAUAGUUUUAAUAAAUCGAUUCUAUCGAUACUAGGAAAUAACCCAGUGGAUUUAAGCACAGCAGAAAGUACAUGGAUGUGAGUUUUUUUCACUUUUAAUAAAGACGUUAAGCAUUACUCGAUUCAGUUGACCUGUCUGUGGCGUCAUCGGCACAGGCCAACAGACAACAAAACAUAGCAUGGCAGAUGGCGGAGAAGUCGGCGAGCGAGAAAUUAUCAAGCCAUUAUUGCAGUCCAGUGUAUGUUGUAUUUGUAUUAUUUCUGUGCUGAAAAACAACAGGACAAGUGGCAGAAAUGUUGGAUGCAAUUACUGUACUUUCAUUCAAAGUUUAUUGAAUGUUAAAACUGAGAACAGAAAAGGUUAAUCCCCUGUUAAUUCAACCUGAACCAGUCACACCGGUAAAGUUUUUGGCUAAAAAGUUACUUGUUUUAACAUGCUAGAAGUGACGAUAAAUGCUUGUCAAAAUUCUGUUUUUGCAGUAGCUUCCAUGUGGUGUCGCUAUCAAACACCCAGCUGCUGUAAAAGUCCCAGAGGAACAAGCAGCUCAACAGCUGAUCAUGUGUUAUAGCCUGAUACAAUUCACCUGUUCUGUGCUAUCCAACUAUAGGGCUGCUUAAUAAAGAUAAUUGACAGAAUAUGGAGAGGCAGAGAGCGUGUUCAGAGCUGCACAUAAUAUUGAAGACAGACAUUACUUUGUUCACACCCUGUGAAUGUAACUCACCAGCCCUGUGAAUUCAAUAAUGAGCUGUUUAUCUGAUUUCUGUGCCAGAUUGUCACGUAAAGAAAAAGAGAACAAUAAGAGUUUCAGAGACCUUUUUUUUUCCAAGUGAUGGGAACAAUGGAUGGUUCAUCCAAAUUUAUUGUAAAUACUCUGUGAAAUGCCUGUGAAAUUACACUUAUAUACAUCUAACAUGUCUUUCUUUUUGCAUAUUCUUCUCCUUUUCACUGAUUUUUAGAAGCCCGAAAAUUGAUUAUUUUAAUGUAAAACCCUGUUUUUUUUAAUCACUCCAGAACCAUCACUUAAAACCACCACAGUACACUUUCAAUCGUCCUAUCACCUCAUUUGUGACAUUAAUUACCUACACUUUUUUUUCAUCCCUAUUUAAUUUCACUUUCUCAUUUGGCUAAUGGUUUUCUUAUCCUAAUUGUUAGGAUUUGUGGUUCAUAAUGAGGGAGAUAAUGUACAGGAGCAAAAAGGACCUAAAGCAAUAGAUGUAUGAGCACUUACACACUUACUUACUGCCUUUUGCAUGUAUGAGGAUAAAUGAGGGGCUGAAUGGAAAAGAUAAGGAGUGAGAAAGGCCUACUGCUGUUUUUGGAUUAAUAUUGAUAUGACUACUUGGUUCGCACAUGCUCACCUACCGCUGUUCCUUUAGUUGGAUGACACAGUUUCCCAGGGCACUGCCCGCACUCAGGCAAUAGCAUGAUUAAAAAUCAAUCAGAGCCACCAGGGGGAGAGGGGCGAUUAUGGGAGUUUUCUCAAACGUGAGCCAACGCUGUGUCUUCCUAGUUAUGGAAAAAAAAGCAAUUAAGUAUGAAUAAUGGACUGCAUCCCGAAUAGUGUCAAAACUCUGUGGUGGAGUCACUUUAGAGGGAUGAAAGCUGUGAGUGCAUGAACUCAAGGAAAACAGCCAACAAUAAGGGAUCUAUUCAUACACAUGCCACACAUGACAUUUCCCACACUGAGAAGUAAUAAAACACUUUGCACAUUAGUAACACUGAAUAUAAAAGAGAUUAGUAAUGCUGGAAAUCCCAAUGUUUCUGGUAGUUUAAAAGUUACAUAACCGAUUGAAAACAGUUAUAAAGAUGGCGAGAAAAAUAUAAAUGUUCAGUUGAGUUGUACCUGAGGAGAUACCAACCCAAAAGUUGCUUUUUGAUUUACCAAUAAUCUCAGUUUUUGGAAGUUUUCUACAGUGGUAGUGACAAAUACUAUUUAUACAAGGUCUAUUUUGGUUGAGAGACGCACAUGGCUCAGUAGAAUUUGGCAACCAGUCUAGAAGCAGAAAUGAAAAUCAAGCCUUUGUUGUGUAUCUGUGGGACCCAUUAAUGAGUCCUACUCUCGAUGAAGACACAUAAUAAAAGUAGAGACAUUCCUUGUUGCAGUGACACUCAUGCUGCUGAACUCAAACAUAUGAAUUAAAUCAAUGCCAAAAUGAAAAAAGAAAUUUUGAGCAUUUAAUUGGUGUGGCAUGGGGUCCUGUUUGCUUUGACAUCUCGGUGAUGUAGGGUCUCACUGACCCCUGCAACAUGAGAUGUAGGCAGCAGCUUACAGUAACCAACACUAAAAUAUUGGCAGCUUUUCUUUGUCUAGCCGAGUACAGCGAAGAACUUAGAUUGAUGGCUGAGGAGUAAAAUUUGAAGAGCCUACCUUUGUUCCAUAUUUUUGCUUUGUAGCGAUUUGAAUUCAAAGUGAAUGUCCUAAGAUAAUGGAAUUAAAUUAUGACAAUUAUUCACUCGUUGAAGGGGCACCACCCACCUUUCUGGUGGGAAGAAGACAAACAAAGUUCAAUUGAGUAAUCAAACGUUGAAUCAGUCUUAAACAGAUUUAAAUCAAUCUCACAUCUGAGGCCGGAAUUCUCAUUUCAGGGACUUCACUUCUGGAUAUUAACCACUAAGAGACGACAACUUAAAAUUAAUUAAUGGACAAUUUAUUGACAAAUGCUAGGUGAUGACAUAAAUUCAAUAAAUGGCGAUCAAAUAAUGAGAAAUUAAAAGAACAUCUAGUAAAUAAAUGAAGGAAUGGUUUGAACUGAAACAAAGACCAGAGGUUAAUGAUAGUGAGUGAAUAAGGAAAAAUUUAACCCACAUUAACGGAGUUACGAGGAUAAAUUUAGAAGAGGAAUUUAAACAAACUAAACUAUAAUUAAAAUUAUAAGCUCUGAACACUUGACAGCAUCACCGGUUCUUCCAGGUGUGUUUGCCUACUUAUUGAUGAUGGUUCUCAGUGGCAAUCUUGGAGUGGAUCACUGAAGGCCCAGGCUAUAGAUGGUCUUUGCACGGCAGCUAGCAGCCGGCUGAAUGGUGUCUCUGUCGUCACACCCAAAUGCACACCAAAUGCGCCCCGUGGGUCCCACAGCGCUAUCCUUCCAGAAUCUUGUGGCAAAUGCAGCUCGGCAGAUGAUGAAGGUUGGUCAUUAUCAGGCGUUCAGGAAAACUCAAGAAAAUAAUCUUGAUAUUAUUCUCAGGAGUCACUUUAGUGAACUAAACAAAAUAAAAGACUUAGACUUAGGUACUCUAUGCGCGCAGCUGAUUACUGAUGUUUUAAAGGAACUUGGGUAUGGUUUCAUCCAAGUUCCUGGAAAAGUCUGAACUUAAGGCGAAUAAAAAAAACAGGAAAAAGUUACAAGACGAUGGAUGGAGAUAAAAACACACGAGACAAAAAGACGAUAAGAGCAAAGAUGGUAAGAGCUUGAUAAGAGUCAGGUCAGCACUUUUAACCCAUUUGAUGUGGGGUGUGAACUAAAAGAGGGGGGCGAGCUCUGCACCCAUCGUUCACAGCGGGGGCUGAUCAGGCUAACAAGUGAAUUAAUUUUAACUUGCGGGUUUAAUAAGCGAGUUAGGUCUAAUUUACUCACUUACUAUGAUUAAUGCUGUUUAUCAAAUCACAUAUGAUAUAGUUUCACUUCAUCAUUUCUUAUAAGCAGAUGCAUCAAACCAUAACAUUAAAUGCAAGGUGAACUUUAAUCACCCGUUUCCUGGUAGUUUAUAACCGGAGGAUUAAGAAGCUCUUUGAAAGUUAGAGAGGGAUGAAACCAAGUUAUCUUUCUAACAGAAACACCAUCAUGCAUAGGACACACAUAUGUGAUAACACUGAAUUGGAAUAUAACCUUGUCAAUCUGUACUUAGUAAAUGAUUAAGAUAUAUAUUCUGAUGAGGUAGACAGGCAUAGCGUUAAAACGAUCAAAACAUUCUUAACAAAUGUAUGAAAGAGUUUUCAGUUACUAUUUCUAAUAUUGCUAACCUAUUUUGGGAAAACCAUUCACUAAGCUACAAAGUAUACAACACACAACAAAAUUAAGUAAAGGAAUGACCAAGAUCAUAUUCGGAAGACACCACUAGGGGGAGCUCUUGGUCCAUAGAAAACCUGGAAUAAAUUUGUGAAGUUCGCAGUAGAGCUUAUAAACAUGCUAAACAAAUGGGACAAAGACUGCUGAUGUGGUGUACAGAUGGAAAAUCCUGGUGAAGUGUCCAUUAAACCUGAAAUUGAAUCAUUUGCAGUUAUUUUCUUUAUUCUGCACCUAAAGAGAGUCACGGGAAACACAGCCACUCCGAAGAUUUAUGGCUGUGGUCUGUUUCACAGAUGAAUGCUUUUGAUGCACUCUUGAGUUGAGUUUCCAUGAUCUUCUAAGGUACCUUUAAGGUUAAGGUGUCAAAUUUGAGAGUCUCCAACCAAGAACAGAGGGGUGAAUGUUUAUCCAGUCCAGACAUUCAGAAAUUCACCCCCCAUCUCCUUUCAGUGACCAGAGUCACUGCAUUCAUUUGAGGGUGAAUUAAAGAUGAGAAAGCAGAAACCAGUCGUCUGCUACAGCUUGGUGCGCCAGAUGUCUCCUAGGAUUGACACAUUGACUACAUCUGAAAAUAAGAUAAAUGAACUCAUGUUUUAUUUAGUUUCUUUGCAUACAUUUUGAUAGAUAACUUCAUGAGAAAAGAAAGUUUUUCUUGGACGUGGCAUCUCCAGUGUCUGCUCUGCUAUCUAAAUAGACUUUAAAGUUGGUCUAAUAAAUUAUUAUCCACAAAACACAAAAUCUAUUCAGAGUUAAAAUGUUUCCAAUUACUUCCUUAAGAUAUAAACUUCUGCAGCGCCGUCUGUUAAUCCAGUCAAGAGCAGUGAAGCUGAGUCUAUCAGUCACAUUUAAACAUCUGGAAUAAUAACAGAGAGUAUUAAAACAGCUACACGCAAGUUACAUGAAAUGUACAAGAAAUUACAUUAGGCCAAAACAAUAUUCAAAGAGUGGCCAUUGAAGACUUAUCUCAUUACUAUUGCUUCAUGCAUAACAAAUGGGAUAUAAUGGGACCAAUGAAGUCAUUUUUCUGAAUUACUUUCUGCAUAUAAAUAGCUACUUAGCAUACUUCAUUUUCAUUUUUUUAAAUCAUUCCCGCAGUGUAACAGAUUAAGCUGGUGUUGCUUUUUAUCCUGAAGUUUUUUAGCCUCGUCUUGAACUCCCAAAGCAAGUCCUGUUUCUUAAUGGUGUCUCUUUCUGUCUCUGUGUCUCUCUGCAGGAUGAUUCAAACAAAUAACAGAGCUUUUGUAGUCACAAACCUGGUCUCGGGCAUGCAGUAUGACCUGUGCGUCUUGGCCAUCUGGGAAGACACUGCCACUACCCUCACUGCCACUAACAUAGUGGGCUGUGUCCAGUUCAUCACCACCGAGGACUACCCGCAGUGCCAGUCUCUUCACAGUGGCUUUCUGGGUGGCACCAUGAUCCUCGUCAUUGGUGGCAUCAUUGUCGCCACUCUGCUGGUGUUUAUCAUCAUCCUCAUGGUGCGGUACAAGGUGACCAGCGGCAUCCAGACUAAUAAAUUACCCACUGUGAGCAACACGUACUCACAGACCAAUGGGGGGUUAAACAGGUUCAACGGUGCCCCUCCACAGGUCAAGUCCACAGUGGUGGUCAUGCGUGAGGAGAUGGUAGAGUUCAAGUGUGGAUCCCUUCAGAGCAGCCUCUCUUCAUCCUCAUCCUCCUCUCAUUCAUUGGACAGCCAAACAGGAAGGAAGGUUAACGACCGCUACAGCCUGCAGAGCAGUGAAUGCAGCACGCUGCCCAGCAGCAAGUUCAGGAGGCACGGUGCCAAGGCACGACCAAACCUGGACAACCUUUUAGGGGCCUUCACCUCACUGGAGCUGCGAGGGGUAGUGAGGGACCACCAAGGGGCUUCUGGCCCCUCCUCUUCAUCCACUGCUAUGACAACAGUGGCAGUGGCACCCCUGUCUGAUAAAGAACCCCUACUGGGGAGGGCUGAGUCCACCACCAUGCUGGGACGUCUUCUCGGGCUGCCCCAGGAGGGUAAGCCCAAAAGGAGCCACUCCUUUGACAUGGGUCACGUGGGGGCCUCACAGAGUCGCAGCAGCCAACCUCGCAGGAUUAGCAACAUCUGGACUAAGCGCAGUCUGUCUGUGAACGGCAUGCUGCUGCAGUAUGACGACAGUGAGGACGAGAAGCCCACGUUUGAGAGCUCGGAGUGGGUUAUGGAAAGCACAGUUUGA